AUGGCGGACGUUCAAAAGACUCCCUUCGUGAAGGACCUCGCCUCUAGCGACCGUAAGGUUCGCGACAAGGCUGUCGAAUCUCUCACUCUAUUCCUGAGCUCGCGCACGGAUUUGAGUGUUCUUGAUCUUUUGAAGCUUUGGAAGGGUCUAUUCUUCUGCUUUUAUCACUCCGAUCGACCUCUCACGCAACAAGCUCUCGCCCGCGCACUCUCCUACCACCUCGUCACAUCUCUUCCCCAUGCCACUCUCCACAGAUUUUUGCGCGCAUUUUGGAUCACCAUUGGCCGCGAUUAUCACUCCAUCGACCGACUGCGCCUGGACAAGUACCUCUUCCUGAUCCGUUGCUAUGUCGGAGUCGCAUUCCAAAUUUUCGUGAAGGAAAAGAAGAGCUCGAAAAAAGGUGACGACAAGAAGCGCAAACGUGAAGAUGCCGGCAAGAAGGGCCGUGGCAAGAAGCAAAAGAAGCAGGAGGAGAGCGAGCCAGCCCAGGAGGAGGAGGCUACAGAUGAAGAUGGGAAGUGGGCUGAUCUUUCCGCCUAUAUCUCUCUUAUUGAGGAAGGCCCCCUUCACCCUGUGAACUUUGACCCGGAUCAGGAUUCCGAUGAUGAGGAGUCGGACUUUGUGGCAAUGCCACACGGACCGGAUGGUCUGCGCUACCAUAUUGUCGACAUCUGGGUUGACGAGUUGGAGAAGGUUCUUGAAUUCGAAGAUGGCGAGAUCGCCGAAGAUGGAGUUGCGAAUCGGAAGAUCAAGGGCGAUAUUCCCAUGGAGCUCAUUUUGAGACCGCUGGAGAAGCUUCGUACUGAGAGCCCCUACAAGCCUGUUCGGACACGGGCUACCGAGGCGUUGGAGGAUGAUCGUCUCGUUGAGUGGGGAAUUCGUGCUCCCAAGGUCAAUGAGGACGACGAGGUGGACAGCGAUGGCGAGUGGGGUGGUUUUGACUAA